AUGGAAAGGGACAUAGAAAGGGGCAUAGAAAGGGACAUGGAAGGGGGCAUAGAAGAGGACAUGGACAUAGAAGGGGACAUGGAAGGGGACAUAGAGGAGGACAUGGAAGGGGACAUGGAAGGUGAGAUAGAAAGGGACAUGGAAGGGGACAGGGAAGGGGACAUAGAAAGGGACAUCGAAGGGGACAUGGAAGGGGACAUCGAAGGGGACAUGGAAGGGGACAUAGAACGGGACAUGGAAGGCGACAUAGAAGAGGACAUGGAAGGGGGCAUAGAAGAGGAGAUGGAAAGGGACAUAGAAAGGGACUUAGAAAGGGACAUAGAAAGGGACAUAGAAAGGGAUAUGGAAGGGGACAUGGAAGGGGACAUAGACGGGGACAUGGAAGGGGACAUGGAAGAGGACAUAGAAGAGGACAAUGGAUUCAACGGUUUCAACCAGCUAAUGCUGAAAGGAGAACGGCAGGCUCAGAUAUGA